AUGGCAUCACAAGACAUAUUUGCUAAGCCCGUAGAUACCAAAGCACCGCCAUCCAGUAUCCCUGUCCGCAACGAUCAUCCAGUGCGUCGCAAGGGAAUUCAAUCGCAGGCGCCUCUACAGACCAACAAGUUUUAUUCCAAUUUUUUCUUAGGUGACCAAAGAUGUCCGAGUUUUACAUUCCCAUACUCUGUAGCAUGGGCCGGCGGGAAGGGUGUAAGCGCUAGUUGGGGAAUGUCUUGUUCACAUAUCGAGGAAAACCAAAGAGUAUUCGGCGAAGUGAAGUUUGAUGGGGCUUCUUCCUUUUAUCUGAACCCAAUUGGUAUUCAGUCAAUGGUUAUAUCCGCCAGGGAACUUGGAGAGGAAACAACUCUUUCGAUGGACAGCGUCACAGCAUUUUCUGCAAGGGUCCAUCUAAGCAAGAACGAGACAGCGCAACCAGCCAUAUCUUUUCCAUUGGUCCAAGGAAUGGCAUACAUUACGGCACGAUUUGAUGGCUCGGUGCCCUUGAUCCAAUCGGGUGUGUUCUUCAAGGCUGUCAGCCGCGUAACAACCAAUCCCAAGGAACAUGUCACAAAAUACAACUUUCACCUAGAAGAUGGAACAACGUGGAGGGUAUAUGCAUGGAGAACUAAAGGCGAAGAGCUGGAUCUGAAGGUCAUAAAUAACAACAGGGCCGAAUCAAAAUCUCCUUUCUACGGCAUACUGCAAGUCUGCAAAGAUCCCGGCAGCAAGGGCUCUGAAGAUCUAUUCGAUGAUGGAGCAGGAGUCUAUCCCGUAACACUUGAAUUAUCAGGAUCCGUAUUUGGGCAAGAGGGCUCGUACUCUUUCAAGUUCCAGAAAAACGGACACCAACUAGGCCAUCUUUAUAUGUUUGCCUUACCCCAUCAUCUUUCGUCUUUCAACGGUGAAACAAUGAAGCGGGUUCAGGAGGUGCGUCUUCAAUCGACCACGAAAGGUGUUGCCACUUUGGUGAAGGGUACUGAAUGGGCAAUGGUCGAGCGUCAUAUGCCCACAGAGAUGGACUUUGCCCCCUGGCACCCGGAAAAUGGGUCCAUGAAAGAGUUAUCCAGCGAGGCCAAAGGUAUAAUUCGUGCUGCGGCCGCCAAGGAACUGUCACAAAACAUUGCUGCACAAACCAACUUGGACUCCAUGUACUUCAGCGGAAAGGCGCUUGUUAAAUUCGCGACAAUUUUGUAUGUUGUUCACGAACUACUGGGCGACGAGGCAUUGGCGAAAGCAGGGUUAGGUCAAUUGAAAGCGGCCUUUGGAACCUUUGCGGCCAACAAGCAGAAGUAUCCCCUACAAGAUUUUGUAGCUGCUUGGGGAGGGAUAGUCUCGUCAGCAAGUUACAAGACGGGUGACGACGCAGUUGACUUCGGAAAUACCUACUAUAACGACCAUCACUUCCACUACGGUUACCAUAUCCUCGCCGCAGCUACUAUUGGAUAUCUUGAUCCAGAAUGGGUCAAUGCGAACCGUGACUACGUGAAUUUGUUGGUCCGCGACGUUGCAAACCCCAGUGAAGAUGACAAGUUCUUUCCUUUAUGGCGCAGCUUUGACUGGUAUCAUGGUCACAGUUGGGCUCAUGGUCUUUAUGCCGCCAUGGAUGGCAAGGACCAGGAGUCUAGCUCUGAGGACGUGAUGUGUGCCUACGCGCUCAAAAUGUGGGGGAGAGUCAGUAAGAACUCUGAUCUCGAAAUGAGGGGAAACCUACAACUGUCCAUUAUUUCACGGAGCCUGCAAAGCUACUAUUUGUACAAGAAAGACAAUACAGUGCAACCGCAGCAGUUUAUCGGCAACAAAGUGGCGGGAAUUCUUUUCGAGAACAAAAUUGAUCACACGACAUACUUUGAUCCUAAUAUUGAGGCUAUCCAAGGUAUACACAUGAUACCAAUCUUGCCAGCAACACCGUUCGUACGCGAUCAAGGGUUCGUCAGGGAGGAAUGGGAGGCAUUCUUUGACAAAGGGAGAGUGGAUAGCAUUCGGAAUGCCUGGAAAGGAAUUAUUUACGGUAAUUAUGCCACUAUUGAACCAAAAAAGGCAUGGGAGUUUUUCACCUCGCGAGACUUUGACCCUCAAUGGCUUGACGGAGGCGCAUCCAUGACUUGGUUCAUGGCAUAUUCGGCAGCACUGGGUGGCCUCUGA